AAGGGAAAAGCAAGUAUUCUUAUCUUUUUAAAGUCAAGUAUGACUUUCUAGGGGAUGUGGAAUUUUGAACUAGAUCCUAAAGAAUGGGGAAAACAGGGUAGAAGAACGAUCAAGGAGAUUUCUUGUGGAGUCAGUGAUCUAUUUGACUGGAGCAUAGCGUUAACUCAGGGAAGCCUGAGAGAUGAGUCUAGACAGGGUAGUGUGGAGCCAAAACCAUUGAGGCUCAUAAUGUCAGGCCAAGGGGCUUAGAAUUCCGCUGUGAGUAAUUGGGAGCUAUAGAUGAUUCCUGAGCAAGUGUCUAAUAUGAUACAUGAGGUCCUCCAGGUAGAAAAGUCUGAUAAUAGUGGUUAAAAUGAUUUGUAACAAGAGCCAAGAGCAGUAGAGAGCACAGCUAGGGACCUAUGGUAGCAAUUAAGAGAAAAAAUAAUGAGGGUCAAUGGAGCAGAAGACAGUAGAGGGAGAGAACAGGGAGGGAUGUGUGAAAGGCUGAAAAGAGCCCUAACCUGCGGAUGUCCUUCAUCACCUACUCCACACUGGGUCACACCCUCAUGAAGCUCACCUCAGACAGGAAUGAAAUUCGUGAUGGUCUUAGCAGACUUCAGAAUAUAGUACCUAGUGGAGCCACACACAUGCAGGAAGGAUUUAAAAAGGCAAAUGAGCAGAUUGAAGGAGUUUACUCCAAAAACAGCACUGCUUCCAGCCUGGUUAUCACUCUGACCACUGGACCACUGCUACCAACGACAUUACGGGAAACUAAGAGUGAAGCUGACAAAGCUCGGGAUAUGGGGGCCAAAGUUUACUGCCUGGGUGUAAAAGAUUAUAAGAAAGACCAGCUGCAUGAUAUUGUAGAAAGAAAAGACCAAAUGUAUGGGAUAGACGAAUUCAAGUCCCUGGAAAAGCUUGUUACCUCGCUGGUGGAAAAUUCCUGUAUGGAAGUGAUGGCUGGGGACACUUACUUUGUCUGUUUAGGAGGGCUACCUCACCUCCAAACCCUUCAUUGUGCAUAUCUUUACCUGGGAAAACUGGAUACUUUUUAUGACUUUGUCCAGCACUGCAGCCAGGUGCCAUUGAUGUGGUGUCCGCCCAGGGACAUGGGGAGGUGUGUCAACUUUGCCUUAAUGUAUCCCCACUAUGCACAAAUGCUCUGCAGACCAAAGAUGUGCCUUUGACCCAGCCAGGAGUGCCUCCCCCUCGAUAGCUGUUGCUCGCAUUGUCAGCAUCCCCCACCCAUAUGCUCUCAGCCACCCUCCAGGCUGCUGCCGCUGAUCCUCCCCCUGCCUGGAGUGCUGCAGAAGUGCUUUGUCACUCCCACCCCCAUAGCCCAACAUCUAAAGCACCAAAAACCCAACAUUGUUAAGAGUACUUUGUGUACUGAAUUGGACAUAUAUAUUGUGUUUUGGUUUACAGUCAAAAGGAGUUAGAAUUUAUUGCUGAUCAGCAAGAUAGUUUACUUGGUGAGUACUGCUCCACUGUAUGAGAAGUAUCUAUACUGGUCUUGCCAAGACAAAGCACCCUGGUGUCCUCUGGAUAUAGACAUGAUGAGUCCCAUUCCCCAUAGUUGGCUCUUCAUCUGUUACCAAGGGCUGGGAUGCAUGCGGUUUUAGUCAAAUUCUGCUCUUUGAAAAUAGCCCAAAAUAUCUUUGAAAUAUGAAUACAAUCCUGCCUCCACCACUCACUGGCUGCAAAUUAAUCUCUUUGCCAAGUUACUUAAUCUCCUUGCGCUUCAAAUUCUUCAUUGAAAAGGUGGGGAUAAUCAUGUCUCCUCUACAGGGUGCCAUGAGGGAGACAGUAACUGCUGCAAUGUAUUCAGCAAAGGGCCAGGUCCCUGGUAAAGACUCAGGUGCUCAACAGUUAAUGUCUUCCCUUUGUGCCCUGAGAGAGGAGAGGAUGAUGACUCAGAGAUAUAAGAAGUGUCUUGUGAAGUCAGGGGAGUCAGAGAGGAGAAGAUGAUGAC